UGCGAGGGCGAGUGCGACCCUAUCAGGUGAAUCUGUGCUGGCUGUUGCCUGAUGAUGACGGUGGCCUGCCCGUCCAGUCCUACCGUCUGGAGGUUCAACUCGCUCACCUACCUCCCUCUGAAUUGCUUUGUCAGUUUGGGGCAACUCACUACGCCACUGAUGCCUCCUCCGCCGCCACCAAUGCCCCAGCAGAUACGGAGCUGGGACAGGCAACUCAAGUCCCCAUUUGUUGGCCAUGGGUAAUCGGUAAGAGCCUAUCUGCUCGCUUCGUGUACUUUUCUUAA